ACCUAUCCUCGAGUAUUCGGUCUAGUUAAUACCAACUAAUCUCUGGUUAACAUAAGAAUUAUUAAACGGCCGCUGGUACGAGCUGAAUUGUUUGACUAGAAAAAAAAACAAAACGAGGUGAUUGUACUUGUAACUCUGAGGGGAAACAAACAAUGGAAAGCAUGGACGAGGAAAGUGCCGCCGUAAAGCCAGUUCACGGUGGUGAGGAUGUAAGUGAUUUGCCGAAAGUAAUGGCUGAACUUGAGAUGCUUACGGUAAGCUCCAAGGGCCCCUUGGAGAUGGUCUCACCAAACAAACGGAUGUUGCGAAAAAGAAUACCAAAACCUAGUCCUUUAGAAGGUUGUAAUCGAAGAUGUAAUUUAAAACCUCGGAAACGAUCGCACCAACCAAUGGAAAGUGAAAAUGACGUGAUCAAUUAUUAUUUGGAUAAGAGCAUCAAGAGGAAGCCGCGUGCCUUGGAAACAAUAUUUGAAGAGAAGGAUGGCUGUAAUAUUCAGCAGAAUAAAUUAAUGAGUGCAAGGAAAUUUUCAAGAGUGAUCAAAUUUGUGCUCGAGCCUACAGAUUCUCAAAUAAAAAAAAGGCGUAAGAGAAUAAAAAAAGUUUUUAACGCUACAGUCAAGGUCAACAGGAAGCAUAUGUCGAUGGAGGCAUUUUUGAACAAAUUAAAGAUUUUCGAACGCAAUCUGAGUCCAUGAUUUAAUAAUAAAAAUACUGUUAAUUAAAGAUGGAUGUCACCUUUAUACAGAUGUACAUAUUCAGUAUUACGCAGCUUGUAUUGGAAUCAUGAUGUACCCUAGAUUAGCUUCAAUAUAAAAUUUUAGAACUCGACUAUGGAGAGCAAGCACGAUAAUUACUGUUAUUACAGUAUUUCUUUUUUAAUCAAUCGACCAGAAUGUGCAACUGCGUAAUAAGGACAGCCAGUAUUGCGUGAUUAGAUUAACGACAAGUCAUACAGACAUUAGAAUGCACAGCUUGUCGACGAUGUGAAUGCAUUAUUUUAAUUAGUUAACUAUUGCUGUACCUUGGUCUACUACGUUAAUGUAUAAUGGAAUCGUAUGAAAAUAGUUAUGUAUGUUCAUAUUCACAACGUAUAUUUAUUAAUUUUUUACGCCAAUAAACCAAGAACCAAUA